CCAGCAAACACACCCCAGAGCAGUGCUAGCACAAUAACAUCACCGACUCCGUUCAAAAUAAAAUCAUCAGUGUUUAGUCUUUCGCUGACAGUGAAGUAUCCGCUUCAGAUAUUCAGUUUUAUUGUGUAGAGACUUUUUAAUUUUUAAGUGCCUGAAGAUGUUCGCUAAAGAACCCUGGAGAGUCCUGAUUUCUCCUCCAAACAGCCCCCAAAAUAAAGACGUUAAUACGUCCGAUGAUGAAUCCCUGCAUGGUUCAUUCACCACCUCCCAGUCUGCAACUUCACCGUUGAGGAAUCUCCUGACCCCUCAAAAUUCAGACUCUGAAAACGACGAGCAUGAAUACCCCCUCAAAAAACGCAUUUGCAGAAGACAACAAUGCGAGCUUGAAAGAAGACUGUUAGACAACGCUACACCACCACCUGAACCAACGCUACCACCACAAGAAACAGAACAUUCUACCACCAACAGAACAACGUCUGUCAUCAUGAAAGCCAACAAAGAUGGUUCUUGUUCUUCCACUUCAAUACCUUUGGAGCAACCACAUGAACAGAAUAUAUUGAAGUUGUUGAAAUACAAAAUGGGAACGAGAAAAGAAAGAAUUUUGGUACAAACUAAGGAUAAAGAGAGGGAAGAAGAAGUUACAGCGAAGAGUAUUGCUGAUCCUGCUCCGACUAGCGAAGUACCCCAACUAACCAUCAUGUCACCACCUACAAUCAACCCUUGCGAUGUGCCUGAACCUCCUACUACACCCAGCGUCCCCAUGGUUUUUCAACCACCCCAACUGGUCUCUGUGAUUCCCCCAAAAAACCACCUGUUGCAACCAAUAGCCCCAAAGUUGAUAAAACCAACGCAUCAAUCUCGGGCUUUGUUCUUGUCAGCAGAUGGUAAGGUGAUCCCAGCUCAUAUUGUGGUUAUUGCUGCGCCUGCGCCGGUUCAAACACCACCAGAACGUCGAAGAGUCUACGAAUGCAGUUUCGAAGGCUGCGGCAAAAAUUAUUUCAAAUCAUCGCAUCUUAAAGCCCACAACAGGACACACACCGGGGAAAAACCUUUUAUAUGUCAGUGGAAAGACUGCGGUAGAAAAUUCAGCAGGUCUGAUGAGUUGUCCAGACACAAAAGAACGCAUACUGGAGAAAAAAAGUUCGAGUGUUCAGUGUGCCAGAGGAAGUUUAUGAGGUCGGACCAUUUGGCGAAACACGUCAAGCGACAUGCUAAAGAAAGACCUACCUCCAACCAGAGGUUGAGGAUUUUGCCAUCGUUAAGGCCUUCGACAGUUCUGUGUUGAACGGUUGAAAGGAUUGUUAUCCAGACUGAAAGCAUUGUACAUUCCCAUUUCCAUUAUCUCCCUUAUCUGUGAUUACCAAUUACUUUUUAUUUAUUUAGCUUUACGAAUUUGUAUUAUUGUGUGCAUAGUUUCCUGAAACUAUGUACGAGAGUAUUAUUAUUGUUUGAAUAAAACUAUUUUUAUAUUUAA